AUGUCCGCUUCAUCCACAAGUUCCUUUUCACCGGACCAGCAACAACAACUCUCUUCUAACACCGACCAGCUUUGUUAUGUCCAUUGUAACUUCUGUGACACUGUCCUCGCUGUGAGUGUUCCUUGCACCAGUUUGUUCAAAACUGUCACUGUGAGAUGUGGCCAUUGCACCAACCUUCUCAGUGUCAACAUGCGUGGCCUUCUUCUUCCUUCUUCCAAUCAGCUUCACCUUCCUCACUCUUUCUUCACUCCUCAAAACCUUUUGGAGGAGAUUCGAAAUGCACCAUCAUCAAACAUGAUGAUGAAUCAUCAUCAGCUUCCAAACCCAAAUGAUUUGAUGAUGAGCAACAUUAGAGGAGGAUCAAUAGAUCAAGAAACUCCAAAGCCUACUCCACCAGCUGCUAGACCUCCAGAGAAGAGACAGAGAGUUCCAUCUGCCUACAACCGCUUCAUCAAGGAUGAGAUCCAACGUAUCAAGGCUGGGAAUCCUGAUAUAAGUCAUAGAGAAGCCUUCAGUGCUGCUGCAAAGAAUUGGGCCCAUUUUCCACACAUUCAUUUCGGACUUAUGCCUGAUCAUCAACCCGUGAAGAAAGCUAAUGUUCGCCAGGAAGCUGAGGACGUGCUUAUGAAAGAUGGGUUUUUCUCACCAGCAAAUGUAGGUGUCUCUCCCUACUAGAGGAAAAUAAAAGUGAUUAAUAUAUUAGGGUUUUGAAUGUGUUACUCUCUUGUCCUUAAGUAAUAUAAUGUUGUACUAAGACUUUGUCUUAUGCAUAUUAAUGUUGUGCACUUUAUUUUGUGUUAGUACUUCUUAGUGUUAAAAGUUGUUAGCAG